CCCGCUGCUGUCUCUGUGAAUGAUCGCGCUCGUGCGGCGGCGGUAGCGGGAGAUGAGCGGUGGACGCGCGCGGGGAUGAGGAUGAUCUGAACGGUCGUGUUUACCGGAGACCCGCCGGCCGCUGUUCCGUGAAGGGGUUCGGUGUGAUGUCGGAUCGGCUAUGAGCUUCUCUACAACUGUCCUGCACUGGAAUGGACCGUGGCAAAGAUGUGUGUUGCCAUGGUAAUUAUUCACACUAAAACACUGGAAAAGAAGGCGGUUGACGAUGUAACAUCCGAAGCGUCUCUGCAGCCGGAGCCGCUGACCAUGAGCCAGGGGACAGCUCUGUUCUCCUGUGGAAUCAUGGACUCUGGGCGCUGGGCAGAUGUUGGGAGUGUGUGUGGCGUCCAGCAGCGGCCUGUGGGCUCCAGUCUGGAGAGCCUGUGGGACAGCAUGCGUGAGGCGGGCGCCACUGGCGGCAUCAGCGGGUUACUGCGGGAUCUGAGUCUGAGCGAAGCGUCUCCUGCCAGUGCUGCGCCGCCCAGCAAACGCCAGUGCCGCUCGCUGUCCUGCUCGGAUGAGCUGGGCUGCCGCUCAUCCUGGCGUCCGCAGGGUUCGCGCGUCUGGACAACGGUGGAAAAGCGGCGCUGCCACAGUGGAGGGAGCGUCCAGAGAGGAGUCUUCAAUCCAUCAGGCUUUCCUGCAAUGCAGCGCAGCUCCAGCUUCAGUCUGCCGGCGCACAGCAGUCAUCUGGAGCCCUUCACUCACGGUUUCCCAUUCCAGGCAUUCUCCGAGUGUCCGCAGACGCCGCAGACGCUGUACCGUUCACAUGAGCAGAUCUGCCCGGCGGAGGCCAGCUCCCCUGAAUCCACCCCAGAGCUCCAGCGCCGCAGCGGGCAGAGCGGACUCGCACGCAGCCGAUCACAGCCCUGCGUACACAACCAUCAGAAGAUCGGCGUCAAGCGCAGGAGACCGGCCGACUCGCACAAACAGAGGCCCUCGCUGGACCUGCUCAAGAUGACACAGAAGCUGCAGGAUUUUCACAGUCUCAGCUGUCCAGGAUUCAGCGGCGACGACAAAACUCUGCCGUCCAGCAGCCCGGCACUCCUCAACGACACAUGUGAGCGUGCUCAGAAUGACAGCUCAGCGGAUGCCCCCAUCCACCAAUCAGAGAGCAGCUCAGAGGACGCCCUCAUCCACCAAUCAGAUAGCAGCUCAGCGGACGCCCUCAUCCACCAAUCAGAAAGCAGCAGGCCCGCAGGAAAGGAGCGCGAAUGCUUGUGGGCGGGGCUUUGUAGCAGAAGGGGCCGGGACUUAUUCCAGCUGGGCGGAGAACUGGAUAUCGAGCAGAUUGAGAGGAACUGAGAAGCAUUUCUUGUUGGAUUAUUAUGGGAUGUACGCUUCAGUAAGUGAUGCAGGACACAUGUAAUCGACUCAGGGUGAAGCACAUGGAGGACGUGAUCCGAGCUCCGUGUGGCGCAAGAGAACACGCACACAUUUAGAUUAGCAGAGCCAUUUGACAUUAUAAAAAAAGAGAUACGACUCUGACGUUCACACACACAGACAUACACACACGUUAAAGGGCUUCAGAUGUGUAACAGUAGUAAUAUCAGGUAAUUCAGUUCCUCACUGGUGAAAACAAAGCUAUUAGAUCUAUUUUUGUCUUUUUACAUUGAAUAACUACAGAAGUAAAUGUACUUAUUUCUCUACAAUAAACAGCAUUGUAAUGUGUUUGUAAGAGC